AUGUCAUCCCUUGCCGCUCAACUUCAAAACAUCGCGUCUCUGGAUGCAGAACGUCUCACAUCAAAAUAUGGUUCACCAACCUCGAAAUCCUACCUCUUCCCUCCAAAAGUAGCCUCAACCCAUGAUCUCGAUUCGAUAUUCGCACUCGCUCAAUCAGGGUUCGAAGAGCUCUUAUCCCUUGAUCCCUACAUGUCAGAAUUUGAAGAUGAUCUGUUCUCCGAAAAGGCAAAGAGAACAGAUAGAAUGAUGCUAAGUAAAGAAGAGAAUGAGGAACUUGAUCUUGUUCUAGGAAGGUGUUUACGUCGAUUAGGAAAAUGGAUCGGAAUACUAGCUGGAGGCAAAUGCAUCGAAUGGCUUGUAAGAAGAUUCAGAGUUCAUGAAAUGAACGCUGAAAUCCUUCUUCAAGUAUUCUUGCCAUAUCACGAGUCCCCUAAUUUCCCUCGUAUACUAGCCAUUCUUACCAUCCCUCAAAAUUCACCAUACUAUGCCCCUUUCUUUCCACUCAUCAAAAACGCUCAACCCAUACCUCGCUCAUACAUCACCACAGUCAUCUCACCAGCACGAGAUAAAUCUCUUCAUCUUCUCACAGACGUGGCUGGAAUGGUAGAACAAGCCAUCAAGGAGAAAGUGGUAUACAGAGCCCUGUUAACUUUCUGGACAGCUACUAUGGUCGAUCUUCUCGAGGGGGGAAAUGCAGGGAAAGGUGUACAUGAAGGACUUGUGAAGGUCAUGGUGGAAGCUUUUGUUAUCAUCCUGUCUACCCCUCAAGGUGGAGAAGAUGUCAGUGCCGCUGUAUACCCCCCACUUGUACUUCUUACUCGAUCUGUUACUCUCGCAGAGGAAGCCUUCCAAGCUAUCUUAUACGCUCUUCUUACACCAUCCAGCGGUGCCAACCCUUCUCAACGAAUGUUGACGCUGCUCGUCACCCUCAACGAUAGACCUGGUUACAAUGGAGGAUUGGGUGAAAACGCCGCCGAGCACCUAUCAAAGGUAAAGCAGUUGGAUCACAUCUUAAUAGCCGCAAUGGAAAAAUAUGGCUUCGAAGCAUCAUUGAAAGUUGUAUUCGGUACAAUGCUUGAAGACCCCGAAUUACACGUCAAAAACAUUCGUACUAUAAUCGAAUACCGAGAUUUACCUAAAUCUCUUGCCGGGCUUGCCGCUUCCAUCCUCCUUCGCCUCGGAUCGUCUGGCGCAUCUUCAGAAGAUGCAAAAGAUGUUUGCAAGUCGCUUCUUGCCAAUCUGCGAGAGCGACAUCCCUCCAUCGUUGACUCAGUCUAUGUGGAAGCCUCAGCUACUGCUCAAAUCGACCAUCAAUUGGUACAAAAGCCUGCAGAUGAAUCUGCUUUCCUCAACAUUUACUCUGCGGAUGUUUCUAGUAGAGUCCAGGGUGUAAAAGAAGUAAUGGAAUUGUAUCAAUCUGGUAUCGACAACGACUCUGCGGUUUCCGCUUUGGUAGCAAGGUUAGGUGACCUAGAUGAACUUGUUAUUCAAGCCAUCUACCAGGAUCCAGAACAACUUUUGGAAAUCACUUUUGUGGACAAAUAUAUUGCUGGUGUAAAACCUACUUUCUGGAGCACAUCUCCUAAACCCACUAUCAUCGGCCACCAUCUUAGAUACAUCUCCAGUACUCUACUUACGGAAAAGGUGUUAAGCAAGUAUCCUAAUACGGGUAGACAGGUUUUCCAGGAAUUGGUCUUCCCCUGUCUUCUUUCGACACAGAAAAGACAGCCAAUCGCAAAGACCGAAGCCUUAUUGCUUCUUGGCGGAGGUUUCAAGAGCGUUCCAAUGCUUAGCAAGAUCGUUCCAGAGAUAGCUAAAGCUCGUGGAGAGAAUGAGCAAGGUAGUUCUGCAAGAUCCAACUUGCUCAUUGCGUCUGCAUUAUCUGAGGCUACCAUAUCAUCCUCCCAUUUCGAUGAAGACGUCACAUAUCUUCUCACACAGCUUGAUUCGACACACGCCUCUUCUCGACUUCUUGCUCAUCUGACGCUAGCCCAACUUAUUACCACUCUCAAAGGCGAAAAGCAAAUAUCGGUUGCUGUUCGAGUACUCCAUCAUAUUCAGUCCAAACGUGAUGUAUCCCUCAGGGAGAUCGACAAUGCUGAAGAAUUGUUCUCUUCAAUUUAUGUCGAUGCAGUCUACCGAAAAACCAACGAGUCACGCACGGCCGAGCGAGCCACUCUCUCUCUAUUAGCUGCAACGACUAAAGUUAUUCGACCUUCGACAAAAGUAACAUGGCUUUCUGGCGAUUCUGCCCACAUUGGGACCGCAUCGGUCUAUAAAGCACUAGCCAAAGAAAUCUAUCAUUGGUCCAAUACCGGUUUGCUCCCUAACUCUCUAGCACAAAAUCUCUUGCGAUCAUUGCUCGCUCAACUUGGAGAAGAUGCUUUGCUCUUCUUUGCUUCAAUUUGGACCAGUCGAACGUCAGUUGCCCUUCGAACAGCUUCGCUCAGACAUGCACUGGCUUUCGUUUCUGCGUAUUCGGGUAUCAAGAUUCAGCAAGGAAUCGAUUUUCAGAUCAUGAUACCUUCUGUCCUGAUCGCUUUGCAAGAUGAAGCAAAGGCUGUCCGAUCAGCUGCUAUGGCGGUACUGCGAGCUAUGGCUAGUAACGCACAAUCAAGUGAAAAUGUCUAUGCUUUAGACACAGUAUAUGGGGACAAAUCAGACACAGUACAAUUGCUCAAAUCUUCUGAUCGAACGAAGUAUCUCGAAGUGUUAUUAGAAUCUGAAGAUGAUGUUGUUAUCGAUCGAAAUCGACUGCAUACCAUUCACACUUCCGCUUUGGGCCAUCAGCAUGGAAAACAUAGGAAGGAUUCUGCUCAUCGUCGAGCCGUCAUUGGUUGUCUGAUCUCCCAUAUAGAAUCUUACCGCUCAAUCCGCGAGAGGAUCAUCCUCCUGAAACUCCUUCAAAACGUUGACGAUAUCUCAGUUCUUCGAAACGUGUUGCCUCUUCUCUCUGCAUUGGAGGAUGACAGAACCGAAGAGGCAACGUGGCUAAGCUCCUUGACCAAUAAUGAAAGAGAAGAGUAUCUGGAUCUAUUGUUCUCCGCCUUCAGAAAGGAGAUGAUUUCUGUGCUCGCCGAUCAACAGGCUGGCGCUUGGGAGUUUAUGCUGUCGGUUAUUAAAGGCCGACAAGCUUCUCAUUUGCGAAAACAAUUGCGCGAUAUUUCUUUACAACGCAUGAUCGACGGUCUAUACAGAUCUCUCGCUUCGAACCAGAAGGUCGAGUACGUCUUAGCACUCAUUGAAUCCAUACAUGAUUUGGCAACGGAGGACGCACUCACCUCCACCAAGAUCUUGGAGCAAUUCGACCUUGAUACUUCUAGCAUUGCAGAGAUCAUCGAACAGCUUUCUGAGCCGUUGGAAACGACCGUGCAUAGGAAGAAACAGAAACACGAUGAAAAUGAGGAAGAUAGGCCUACCGUUGCAGUUCUCGAUUUGACCGUUCUCAUCGAAUCUCGACGUUGGAACUCCCUACCUGGAGAUGCUACAUUAGUAGCAUCACUCAUGUCUAUCUUAUCAUCUUUACUUGCCAAAAGACAAGUUAUCAACCAAGGUGUUGAUUAUCUUGAACAAGAGGUUCUAGCUGCUAUACUUGCGCUAGUAGAAAAGAUCAAGGAUCCUCAGGAGAUCGGAAGAGCUAACAUUGGAAUCGAAGUAGUGAUCAAGGUCAUCAGAGCUUCAACAAAUCCCCGAACUUCCCAAAGAGCGUUAUUAGUCGCUGCUGAACUUGCUCGACUCAUCCCAGAAGCCGUCCUUCACAAUGUCAUGCCGAUCUUCACUUUCAUGGGCGCAAGCGAUUUCCAGAGAGAUGAUGCUUACAGCUUCGGCGUCGUUGAGAAGACCGUAUCGAGAAUCGUGCCUGUCAUGACCAAAUCACUGAAAGACAAGGCCGAGAGUACUCUUGAUUUGUAUAACGAGUCUUUGACGUUCUUAAGUAUCUUCACCGACAUGGCUGGAAGAUUGCCCAAACACAGAACGCUACCAUUCUUCGUUCAUCUCGUCAAAUCCUUGGGACCAGCGGACUUCCUCUCGCCUGUCUGUAUGCUACUCGUCGAUCGAGCUACUACCAAAGCUGGAAGAUCAGGAAAUCCCAUCUCGGUCGUUUUGGAACUUCCUGCUGGUUUGGCGGGGGCAUUUGAUGUUUCAGAGAGAAUUGAAGUACUUUCCGAGGCUGUCAAUGAGCUUUCUAGAUUGGUUCAAGACCUGAGCAAAACCGAGAAGGGAGCUUUCCUUAGUCAAACUAUAUCCGAGAACGACGCCUCCGACAGGCCCCUCAAGCAGAUUGUGCAUCUACUGACUUUCACCCUCGCACUUUUGGAGCAGCUUCGAGGCAGAUCAUGCGAUCAGCCAAUUGUCCAGUCAGUCGUCCGAAACCUCAUUCAAAUGGCCGCUGCGACUAUUCAACCUAUCAUGGCGUCUACCGAAAUCCCGCAAAACGUGCAAUCUGCUUUGGCCGGAGCGAUGCAAUUGUUGUCAGCUGAGAACUUCUUGGCCGUCGUCUUACAGCUUGUCACGGAUGGUUCUAACCAAGAUAUGAUUAUGGCUCUCGACACGUUUUCCGACAGAGUGUCACUUAUCAAAUCUGAAGUUCGAGGCAAAUGCACCAAAUUCAUCGCAGAUAUCCUCAAAAAAGCCGCGGCCACGCUUGCAGAUUCUACGGCAAGCACAAAAGCUUCCCUUUUGGCUAUCAAGACCGUAGCUGCUUCUGCUUUACCAGCUGAAGAUAGUGCUUUAGCAGCUAUUGUUCCGGCUCUCGUAGGAGCCAUCAGCAAAAUGGGCGAUACAGCAAACACUAUCGGCGGAUUAGAACUUGUCCAGUCGUUGGUCAGGCACUUGAAUUCUCGAAUGAUCCCUUACGUCCAAUCGAUCAUUACGCUUUCACUCACGUUGAUCAUGUCACCUAAAUCCAUCUCAACAGUAACCAAAUCAUCUUUCUCGGUACUUUCAUCCUUGUUAGAAGUGGUAUCGACGUUUAUCUCACCCAAGCAAUUAACAACGAUACUUCGAACGACAAUUGAUCAUCGACCAAAAGAUCCCACGUUAUCUUUGUCUGUGUCAAACACCAUAUCGAAGAGAAUGAGAACUAAAACGCUUUUCCCAGUUCUCAUGGAUCUUUGGAAAACUGUUCAAGAUGAACAAGAAGAAUCAAUGAAAGCUUUCUUCGAUUUAUUGCGCUUAACCCUGAAGAAUGCUUCCAGAGAUGAAUUGCCCGGAAUGAUGAAGAGUGUGUUCGCAUUCUUUUUGGAUAUAUUGGACUUGAGACAUCGUUUACAACUUAGACAAGUUGAUACAAUUAUAAUCAAUGAUAUCGAAGACUCUGCAAUUGGAUCUUUCCUCGAAUUAGUGACCAAGUUGAAUGAAGCUACUUUUAAACCUCUAUUCAUCAGAUUAUACGAUUGGGCAGUCAUCGAUCUUGCUGAAGGCAAAGCUGUCGAUGAUGGUAGAUUGGUAGAAAGAAAGAUCGUUUUAUUGCAUGUCAUGAUGGGUCUUUUAGUCAAAUUCAAAAACCUCCUCUCGCCUUAUAUCGCUACACUCCUUCCACAUAUUCAGGAACUCCUACCUGCGUAUGCCCAAGGUGAAAUCCAAGAUGAAGCACUUCAUUCGUUAUUAUUGGAUGUCUUAGGUAAAUCAUUUGAAGUCGACGAAGGAUCAUAUUGGACAGAUGCUUUAUACCUUACUUUAUUACCCAAUCUGAUUUCUCAAAUACCUCUAUUCGCCUCUUCCUCAACAUCAAAUACAAGUUCAAAAGCGAUAGCGAAUUGUUUAGGUUCAAUGGCAGGUUCGACGACGUCUGAAAACGUUUUACGAAGAUUGAAUACGUCGAUUUGUCUCGUAACAAGAUCGGAUAAUCCAAAGACAAGAGUAGCAGCCUUGAGAGUAUUAGAUAAUGUUUGGGAAAACCAAGUCGAUGAAAUGGUUUCAUUCGUUCCUGAAACAGUCAGUGAAUUCCUUGCAGAAUUACUAGAAGAUGAAAGUAAAGAUGUGGAAAUCGCGGCGAGAGCUGUUUUGGCCAGGAUCGAAAAAGUUACUGGGAGUUUGAAAGAGUAUUUAGAGUAA